AUGUCUGUUCCUCAAGCUUCGUCCACAACCGGCCGCAACGGCACUACAAAUACUGCUCUCAAUCAAGGCAACGUGAGCCAGGUCCCCAGGGCAAACCAAAAUAACGUGAACCGCUUCGCUCGGGCACCGGCCGCAGAAGGCCCCUACUAUGCGGGGGCACGUAUUCAGGACCGGUCGACACAUCUGAACGGCCUGUCAAACCAAGUCAACGCGAUGGAUCAGAUUCUGAAGAACUAA